AUGAACAAAGAUGAAUCCGAGUCACCCACGUACGCCCACAACUCCUGCGACCUCAGCGACCACGAGCAGCAAGAGAGAUCGAAACUUCAAGCGCAAUCGAACGAGAUCAGCAGCGUGCUACUGAGAGGCGAGGCGAUCGUCAGUCUGGUCAUCGACGGCAAGGAGAGGUUGUGCUUGGCGCAGAUCAGCAACACAUUGCUGAAGAACUUUAGCUACAACGAGAUCCACAACAGGAGGGUGGCGCUGGGCAUCACCUGCGUUCAGUGCACGCCCGUCCAACUCGAAAUACUUCGCAGACAUGGAGCAAUGCCGAUAUCAUCACGUCGAUGUGGAAUGAUAACAAAACGCGAAGCAGAACGAUUGAUAACUUCUUUCCUGGAAGAACACAGCCCUCCGAGAUUACCAGAAACAUUUGCGUUCCAAGUUUAUCACACGUGUGGCUGGGGAUGCAAAGGUUGUUUCAUGCCAUCUAGAUACAACAGUUCAAGAGCUAAAUGUAUUAAAUGCUCGUAUUGCAACUUGAUACUUUCACCUAACAAAUUCAUUUUUCAUUUUCAUCGAAUGCCGAAUUCCAAAUAUCACCAUCCCGACGCGGCAAACUUCAACUCGUGGAGACGUCAUCUGUUUCUUGAUUACGAGUCUCCGAACGAAGAUUUAAGUCACGCAUGGGAAGACGUCAAAGCCAUGUUUAACGGAGGCAGUCGAAAAAAA